UUUCAGAAAAGGAUAAUUGCGUCUGCGCAACGAUGUACGAACAUUUUAACGGGAUCAGCCAUUUUUUUAAACAAUUUAUUUUUGCAAAAUAAGCAUAACUGAAGAUUUACAAGAGAAAAGUUUGGGGAGCAUACCAAAAUGGCGGCGUCCAAGGUGAAAAAAUCCAGAUUUUUUGAAAAUUCUUUUGUUUCUAAGCUUAUGAAUAGAUUAGACGAGCAAAGGAAGUGCAGUAGGUUUUGUGAUGUUGUUCUGAAAGUUUGCGAUACCAGUAUUCGUGUGCAUUCCAACAUCUUGGCGGCAGCAAGUCCUUACUUCCACGCUUUCCUUGGUCAGGGGGAAGAUGACCCAAGAGCUUUCUCUCAAAACACGCCACAAAUUAUAGAAAUCCAUAUUGACAAUACUGGUGACAAAGACUCUUAUGGUGAAGCUGUUUGUCUUAUUGUAGAUUACUUCUAUUCAGGAAAAAUCACGGUGACAUCAAACAUUAUAAAUCAUAUUGCUGAAAUAUCUAAAAUUAUGUGUUUAUACAAAUUAACAGCAUUUUGUGAGUGGUUUCAAAAAGAAGGGGGAAAUGAAGAUGAUAUAUCGGAAGUGAGUGAAAAACACCUACCUCUUGAAACUGAUGAAACCCAGAAGAAAAGAAAUUGUAAUCAAGAACAUGCAGUGGCGAAUCAUGUUGACAAAUGUAUGCCCAUUGUAUCAAAGUGUACUGAAGAUGAGAGUGAAUCUUGCCAGCCUAAAAGAAAAAGAGGUAGACCAAGAAAGAUAAUUAGGACUGUUGAAAGUGAAGCAGAAAAAGAUGUACCUUUGAACGAGAAAAACUGUUGUGCUAUGGAGCAGUCAGAUGAAGAAAUGAAUGAUGAAAACACAGAGGAUGAAAUACAUGUUACAGAAUCUCCAACAAGAAGUGGCAGAAAAAGAAAACUUACAAGCAAAAUGAAAGAACUCAAAUCUAUUGCCAAGUCCAAAGACAAUCCCAUUUCAGAUUUAGGAUUUGACAAAAUCAGAGAUAGGUAUCAUUGUGUGUUUUGUCCAUAUACAACAAAUGUUCUGUUUCAUUAUCAGCGCCAUAGCCAGUCCCAUAAACGCGAGAAAAGUACAAAAAAGUACACAUGUGACAAUUGUGAAUUUACCUGUGAAAAAGCAAAAGAUUUACUCAUUCACAAAAAGGAGCACCUGUAUGAAAAAUACCACUGUGACCUUUGCGAGUAUAAUGGUGAAACUAAGGAGGACUUUGAAAAUCACAUGAAAAAGCAUGAAGAUCCACUGCCAUAUUUUUGUAAAUACUGUGAUCAGAGAUUCAGAACUAAAACUCAAUUGAAUUUUCAUCACCCCAAACACUCUAAGGUAAAACCAUUUGUAUGCAAAAUUUGUGACACUGGAUUUAAAUGGAAGCAUGCGCUAAAAAAUCACAUGGUGACCCACAGCACCACGAAAGAACAUUUGUGUGACGUGUGUGGAUUUGCCACCGCUCACAAAAGUCAGCUUAAAGCCCACAAACUGGUCCACACUGGGGAGACUUUUAAAUGUCCAGAGUGUAAUUUUGAAGCAACACGAAGACAAAACUUGAAAUACCAUUUGCUGACCCAUACUCGGGAGAAACCUCACCAGUGUGAGAUAUGUGGACAGUCCUUCAGUCUCAUCAAAAACAUGAAACGACACAUGCUGUUACACACCAAUGAUCGACCUUACAAGUGUGAUCAGUGCACCUUCAGCACCACUCGAUUCGACAAGCUUAAGGAACACCUGAAAAAACAGCAUGGUCAAGGGAAAGAUACAAAAAAGAAACCCAAAGAUCUCUCCAAAUCUAUGGGGUUUAUUAUGAAAAAUGCCCAGAAUUCAAAAAUUGUGACAAGUAUGGUUCCUACUGUAUCUGAGACAUCGGAGGUUGUAGAUGUAGAUGUUAUGUCCACCAUUCAAGCUCUCCAGAUCCAGAUGGAGGGCACCAAGGUAGUGGGGCGACAGAAUGAGGGGGAGGGGUUAUUGAUGCAGACCCCUGGGGGGAGUAUUCAGCCAGUCACCCUCACCAAGCUUCAGGAGGAUGGGACAGAAAUUGUUUACCACUUUGUUCAACUGGAAACAACUGAUGUCUUAUCCUAAAUGAUUUUCUUUUGCAUUUAUACAUGUUUGUUAUGGCAAGUCCAUUGUUGUCCUGGUUAAUAUUUAUUGUUGAUUUUUAGUAAUGGUUUCCUAUUGAUAAACAUUUUAAUUUUUGUGAUAGAUGUAUAUAAUCAUCUGAUAUUGUCAUGAUGUCAUACUUAUUCUCAUUUCUGUCCAAUUCCAAUAAAUUAUGAAUGUUUGGUA